CGCUUGCAGAAGGGGGGGGGGGCGAGGGAGGGAGGGAGGUUACGGAGCGUGACUGAACCGAGGCGCUCGGCUGCCAACACUCACACACUGCCUGCUGCUUCUGCCUCCCUUGCUGUUUCUGCUCCGGGCAAGUGAGGAGAGCGGGCAGAGGAGGGGGAAGAAAAGCAGGACGCCAACUGGGACUCGGAACGAGAGAGGAAAGCUAGUCAGAGGCGAGCCCUCCUUUCCACCGUGGUCGCCGCUCGCUUCUCCCGGAGGCUCUGGUGGCGCGAGCCAAAAAGCUGCCGAAAGUGUGAGAGGGGGAAAGGUUCGCAACUUUCCGCGCCUGGAAGGGAACUAAGAAGCGUGGCGAGGCGUCCAUCUCCUAAGCCCCCUCAGGAGGCUCAGUGCAUUUUCUGGUUUCCUUCUUGCGGUAACUUGGGAAGACUUGUGGCUGCCGCGGCUGGUGGAGGUGCUCGGAGGUGAACGAGGCGUCUGGAAAGAAGCGAAGGCAGGAAGGAAACUGCGGGGAGAAGUUUGCAAGGAGACCAAAUACCGGGGGAUUUGCGCUGGUUGGCUUGAUCGCGGAACGGAGCAGAGAAGAUGGGCUGGAAAGGCGGCUGCCGCUGCCGCUGGGGAGUCCGAAGCGGAGCGGAUCUGCUGUGCCUGCUCACCCUCUGGCUGGGCUUCUUGCUGCCCGCCUGCAGGACUCGCGUAUACACCAACCACUGGGCUGUGCGGAUAAGUGGCGGGCUGCAGGAAGCCAACAGGAUAGCUAGCAAGUACGGCUACAUCAAUAUAGGACAGAUUGGGGCAUUGAAAGAUUACUACCACUUCUACCACAGUAAAACAAUUAAAAGGUCAGUUCUCUCGAGCAGAGGUAUUCACAGCUUCAUUUCAAUGGAACCAAAGGUGGAAUGGAUAGAACAGCAAGUUGUAAAAAGAAGGAUAAAGAGAGAUUACAAACAAGGUGGUACUCAAUCCAUGUAUUUUAAUGAUCCCAAAUGGCCAAGUAUGUGGUACAUGCACUGCAGUGAUAAUACAAACCUCUGUCAGUCAGAUAUGAAUAUUGUAGGUGCCUGGAGGAGAGGCUACACGGGAAAAAGGAUUGUGAUCACUAUCUUGGAUGAUGGCAUUGAGAGAAACCACCCAGAUUUGAUGCAGAAUUAUGACCCAGAGGCCAGUUUUGAUGUCAAUGGUAACGAUAUUGACCCCAUGCCUCGAUAUGAUGCCAGCAAUGAAAACAAACAUGGAACCCGUUGUGCUGGAGAAGUGGCAGCCACUGCGAAUAAUUCACACUGUGUAGUGGGAAUUGCAUUUAGUGCCAGAAUUGGUGGGGUUCGGAUGCUAGAUGGUGAUGUUACAGACAUGGUAGAAGCAAAAUCGCUAAGCCUCAAUCCUCAACACAUACAUAUCUACAGUGCUAGCUGGGGGCCUGAUGAUGAUGGAAAGACAGUUGAUGGACCUGCUCCCUUAACACGCCAGGCUUUCGAGAAUGGUGUCAGAAUGGGCCGAGGCAACUUGGGUUCCAUAUAUGUUUGGGCUUCUGGAAAUGGUGGAAGGAGUAAGGAUCAUUGUUCCUGUGAUGGCUACACCAAUAGCAUCUACACAAUUUCCAUCAGCAGCACGGCUGAAAGUGGGAGAAAGCCUUGGUAUCUGGAAGAAUGUGCAUCUACACUAGCCACAACGUACAGCAGUGGAGAAUCCUAUGACAGGAAAAUAAUCACUACAGACUUGAGACAGCGUUGCACAGACAGCCAUACAGGGACUUCAGCCUCUGCACCCAUGGCUGCAGGAAUCAUUGCACUGGCACUGGAAGCAAAUCGAUUACUGACAUGGAGAGAUGUACAGCACAUCAUUGUAAGGACUUCACGAGCAGGACAUCUGAUUGCGAAUGACUGGAAAACCAAUGCUGCUGGUUACAAGGUUAGCCACCUAUAUGGCUUUGGAUUAAUGGAUGCUGAAGCUAUGGUGAUGGAAGCAGAAAAGUGGAUAACUGUGCCUCCCCAGCAUGUGUGUGUUGAGAACACAGAUCGUCAAAUAAAAACAAUACGACCAGAUAGCAUUCGUAAUGGACCAGAUAAUGGUGUUCGCUCAAUAUAUAAAGCCACAGGCUGUGCAGAUAAUCCCAAUCACCAUGUGAUCUACCUGGAACAUGUUGUUGUGCGUAUCACUAUAAUGCACCCACGACGGGGUGACCUGGCAAUUUAUUUGACAUCUCCCUCUGGAACAAGGUCUCAGCUUUUGGCUAACAGGUUAUUUGACCAUUCCAUGGAAGGGUUCAAAAACUGGGAUUUCAUGACUACUCAUUGCUGGGGUGAAAAAGCAGCUGGUGACUGGAUUUUGGAAAUUUAUGAUACCCCAUCACAGCUGAGAAAUGUCAAAACUCCAGGUAAAUUGAAAGAAUGGUCAUUAGUACUUUAUGGGACAUCCACUCAGCCUUACUCCCAAAGAAAUGAUUUUCCAAAAGCAGAACGGGUACGCUCAAGUCCAAUAGAAGAGCCAACAGAAGAUUAUGGGACAGAUGAUUAUGCAGGUCCUUGCAAUGCAGAGUGCAGUAAAGUUGGAUGUGGUGGGCCUGGACCAGACCAUUGCAAUGACUGUCUACACUACUACUACAAAUCUAAAAACAACACAAGAAUCUGUGUUCCCAAUUGUCCAACUGGCCACUACAGUGCAGAUAAGAAGCGCUGCAAAAAAUGUUCAGCCAACUGUGAAACGUGUUUUGGAGGUCACAGCGACCAGUGCAAUACUUGCAAACCUGGGUACUAUAUCCAUGAAGAAACCAGAAAUUGCAUUACCAGCUGCCCAGAUGGAUUUUACUUGGAUAAUAAUAAAAUUGUCUGCCGUAAAUGCAGUGAAAACUGUAAGACAUGUACUGAAUUUCAGACCUGCACAGAAUGCAGGCAUGGCUUAAGAUUAAGAUGUGAUGCCAGCUGUUUCGGGUGCAGUGGUCCAGGAGAAAAAAACUGUACAAGUUGUCUAAAUGGCUAUAUCUUAGAUGCAGGUGUCUGUGUAGUUGGCCUAGUUUGCAAGGAUGCAACGGAAGAAUCUUGGGCCGAAGGAGGAUUCUGUAUGCUAGUGAAAAAGAAUAAUCUUUGCCAACGGAAAGUACUUCAGCAACUUUGUUGCAGAACAUGUACACUCAAAGGGUGAAAUGACAGCUCUACACAUUUUCUCGCUCCUGUAGACUUAUAGAUUAAUCCAUACUAUUAAAAAUGAAAAAGCAAACCACCUUUUCUCUCUCUUUCUCUCUCUUCCCUUCAUCUGGGGAGAUGGUGAACUGUAUGUUGGAACUUAAAACAGAAAAACUACAACAAGCCUACCUUUCAUAACUGGGUGUUUAGAACAAAGCAUCCUGGAUCACAGUUUCAUUAUGGUCUGACCAAAGCAUUCGAUGCCAAAAUUAAAGUUAUAUGAUUUCCUGUCACCUUAAGGAUAUCCCUUGUUUUUAGAAACAUUGUCCCUUUCUUUUUCCUGCUUGUUUUCCCUCCAACAUGUGUACAGUGUUUCAAGAAUACAACACAAGUUUACAUGGAUUAAAACAACAAAAAUGUUUGCAUUAGUAUUUUUCAAAUUUUAAAAAUGAGGAGGAAUUUUAGAUAAGAAAGUAAUCUCUAAAGGAACUACAACUAUCUUUAAUUACAGACUAUGGUCUCCAUCCACUGCAAUGCCCUUUCAAAGACAUGACUGCUUAUGAUUCUUUGUAAUUUCCUAGGGUGUGCAUUAUUUUGCAUUACUGAGCAUCUGUGAUACAUUUUUUUAAAAAAAACUUUUUAAAAAACUUGUCAGGCCAUCCUGUUUGUUUUGGAAUCCGAUAUUUGUCAUAGUAACUUUUAAUAACAUUUUAAAAGGUGCAAAGUUCUUCAAACCUGAGGGCUUUCUUCUGGCUGUGAAUUAACUAAAGGUGCAGAGCUCUCUUGCUUUUUCAUAAACAGGUGCAGCUUGCAUACUUGAAACUAGAAUCAAUAAGAACAGUAUUCGUAGAAUAUAUAUUUUAAUUUAAAUCUGGAUUCAUUAUUUUAGAGAUGAGCCAUGAGUAGGUUUCCUAGCCCGCAACUCCAGCAUCUUCUUGCAUGUGAGGGAGUCACAGUGUCCAUAUGGCUUUCCUAUUUUCUUCAGCAAUCAGAACAACUGUGCUCAUGUAUCCUUUCCACAAACAUAGAGCUGCCUUUUCCAUUGAAGCAAACAGCCAAAAUAAAAUUUCCGCCAUGUAAACAUUAGAAUGCACAUGUGGGUCCUUAAGUAAAUGAGCAAUGUGCUAUGCAUGAGCAAUGUGUGCAGCUGACAUUUUUAUGGUAGACUGUUUUCUUACACUGGCUGUAUUCUCUGGAUUGUGGCAAUGACCUAAAGGUAACACUGCUGAGACUGCAAUGGAAAUCCUACAAAACCUGCAUGAUUGGUGCCUAUAACUGGAAUUAAUAUACUGAACCAAAUGCAACUCUUGUUGUAGAUGCAUUGUCGAUGUUCUAUCAAGAGUGACCCAGUUUGGUGAUUGUGCAAUAAUAGAUAACUUAUAAUUCUAGGUCUCUUAUUCUGUUACAAUAUAAAAUGGAGGAAAUGUCCAAAAGAAACGUGAAACUUCAAUAUUGUAUUAUUCCAGGCAAUCUGAAAAUAAUAUUGAAAUAUAAUUCAUACAGUCCUGUUAGCAUAUGAUGCAAAAAGCAUUCACUUAUCAUAAAAUAUAUUAAGCUUCUAAUAUAUACUUUAAGAGAUUAGAAACAAUAAGCCAAAUAUUUCUUCUGAAAAAAUUGUGUCACUAUAUGUGACUCUGAAAUUUAAAAUCAGUUUCAUUUUUAUAUAGAUAGCUAAAAUCAAAGAAAACAAAGCUUACUAGCUUAUUUUUAAAAAUACCAUAAUGAGCCCUAAACAUUUUCAAAUUAAUGUGCUAGUUUCUGUAGAAACAAAACUGAAAUGUUGUGGCAGGUAUCUUCAUCUGGCUCAUCACAAAAUGUUUCUGAAAAGGAGUACUAUUUUUAUGGUUAAAUUGUAAAUCGUUGUUAAUCCCUUGGGCUUCAGAGUCCAAUGGAAUCCAAUAAUUCAUUUCCAAUCUUUAGAACAGAAUACAUGUUUAUUAAAAUAACCUGUGUAACAUAACUAGACAUGGAAAAGGCAAUGAAAUUCACAAUAUCUUGUCAGCUAGCUAACUGAUGUCAUUAUCGUAUGUUCUAGAAAUACCUGCCUGAUUCUACUGUACAACAAGCAGCAAUCAUAAUAUGAACCAUGACACUGGUCUUCAUUCCGCACAUGCAGAAUAAUGCACUUUCAAACUGCUUUCAGUGCUCUUUGAAGCUGUGCGGAAUAGCAAAAUCCACUUGCAAACAGUUGUAAAAGUGGUUUGAAAACACAUUAUUUUGCGUGUGCGGAAGAGAAUUCUAUUCUUCAAAAAUGCAGUCAUAACCAACAUGCUGGACUAAUCCAUUGAACUCAGCAAAUUGUUGUGUUUUCUUCUUUCCCAACUCUCAGAACCCCUAGUGCUGUUGCUAUCUCUUGAGAAAGGGCUAUAGUAACCGGGCGGGGGGCGGGGGGGUUGCAUAGAAAUAGGUCAGGCACUCAAUUUCCUACAACUUGUUCUGAAGGUAACUUGUUUGAAAAGUACAUGCAGAAGUUGACAAACUAAAAUAGCUCUCCUGAAAAGUUGAUUAAUUACAGGUAUUAAUUAUUUUUGACUUGACAUUGGUAAAGUGGGAAAAGUUCAGAUAUGCCAUUCCUGAUCCAGCAAAACUGGUUAAAUUUUAGUCAAAUUGAAAUGAAUGAAAUUUAUUACAGAUAGAUUUACGUUUCAGAGGAUAACCAUGCUGGUCUACAGUAGUACAACCAGAUACGAGUCCAGUAGCACUUUAGAGACCAACACGUUUUAUGGGAAAUGAGCUUCCAAGAAUCAAAACUCCCUUCAUCAGAUAUGAAUUGGAAUGGAGAUAUUUGAGUUCUUAUAUCCAUGUCAGAAGGCGGGAAGAGUGUUGCAGAAAAGGAACUCCAGAAAAUUAGCACCUGUAGUGAGGUAAGAAUUCUGUGUCCUUAUUCAGCGCUUGGGGAUGCUCCAUUGUACUGAAUCUGUGAAUGAAUUCAAGUUUAGCAUUCUCCUUGUUAUCUCUGCUUGAAACUUCUCUGUAAGAGAACUUCCACUCUUACAGCCUAAUCCUAUGGGAGGGGGGAUGACCGAUGGAGGCAGCAUCGGGCCAGUGCAUAGGGGAGAGGGCAAAAGCGCCAGCAGCCAGGGACUCCUCAGCUUUGCGGCAGCAAAACCCAGAAGUGAGUGCCACCAUGAGGAAUACUGGCAUCCAAUCAGAUGCCAGUGCAGGACAGGGCAGCCAGGGCAUUCCUAGAAGGUGAAACCAACUUUAGUACCAGGAAUGCCUUGGUGAUGCUUCAGACUUAUGCCACCCUUUUAGGUCACAUAACUCUGUUAAGCCCUAUGGAGAGGUUUUUUUUUUUCUUUUAGCUGCCUCCCUGCCCCGCCUGGAAGCCCUCUGGAGGUGACGUAGGAGUGGCACCAUGCCUGGCUGCCUCAGGCUUUGGAUUGGGCUGUUUGGCCUGCAAUGGAAUGACCUGAGUUUUGCAUGUUGUGGCUUUUAAUUUCAGAUUAUUCAGAUGUCUAUUUUAUUCUUUUGCUUAGGGACUGACCUGUUUGUUCAAUGUAGAGAAUGAAAGGGCAUUGCUGGCAUUUGAUGGCAUUUAUAACAUUGGGAAAUGAACAAGUAAAUGAACCUGAGGUGGCAUGGCUGGUGUUGUAAGGUCCAGUGAUAUGUUGCUAAAGUGAAUAUGGGGAUACUGUUCACAUCUGGGCUUGUUGCAGGAUCUGGUCAUAACCUGAGAAAUGGUCUCUAAAAUACUACUGGAUUCAUAUUCAGAUAGAUUUAAGUGUGACUAAUUGUGCUGGAUUGAGACUGAUUAUUGUCUUCUACAAAACCACAAUGGGCAUGGCAUGCUAGACUACUGGAGCCCAAUUCCAUUACACAAAUUCAGAAAUGGUCACAACCCUAUCUGUGUUGGUUUAACUACUAAUACAAUCUGGAUGGCCUCAUUUCUCUACAUAACAUUAUUAACUAGAAAAUAAUGCUUUCAAAGUUUAAGUUAAUGGUAUAUAUAUUAUAUAAAGAAAUAUAAAUAUAUUCCUAAUUGUGAUAUAAUGUAUUGGAUUGUAAAGAAUUUAUUUGGAUGCCUCUAACACAACAAAUGCCUCUAACGCAACUACAGAAAAGAAAUUGAUUUUUUAAAAUACUGACACAUUGUUAAAUCCAAAUACAUUUUUAUGAAGAAUACUCUACAUGUGUAAAAUGUCCAGCUGUUAUUUGUAAAAUAGGGUAGUACUGUUGUAAUUGAUAUUGACCAAAUCAAUGUUAUUCCAUAUUUUAUUUUUUCUAUUAAAUUAACCUACAUUCUUGUUCCUUUGGUCUAGCAAAGCACAUUUAUGAGCCAUAUAUUAAAUUCCUAUGCUUGGAAGGGGAAGGAGUUUUUCUGAGGUUCCCUGCUCUCCUUUUUUUUUCAACAAGCAAUUUGAUACUAAACUGAAACUGUUGAAAUAAAGUGAAAGAAUGUUUAACUUUGAACAUGUUGAUCUUUGAAAAGAAAUAUUAUUUAUAUUUUAAAUAAUAUGUUAAUGUAAUUGAAUGCUGGUAUAGAAUAUUUUGAAUAUAAUAUAGGUGAUUUUUCAUAACAAUCAUAUACAAUUUGGUACAUUUUAUAGAUUAAGUUUGAACAAACUGGAUUAUUUAAUAGCUCAUUGAAUUAUCAGUACAAUUCCUAUGCUAGCUGCUAGGUUUCCAGUGCUAGCAUAAGAGACAGCUCAUCUCUUAAUUCUGGUCUUACACCUCACUUUCCCCCACUGUGCUGGAAAAGUUUUCGGCUGCCUCCAUGCACUUUAUCCUUGACUAUGAGAUUGACUCCUUGCACCUAAUACAUUCAAACAGCAUUGACAUGUUUUUUUCAAGGCUACAUUAUGCUUGUGUUAUUUUACCAAGUGAGAUAUAAAUAUUUCAGUGCUAAUAUAGUAGUACAAGCAAGAAACCAGCAAAGACUUGUGGGAAGUACUUCCUUUCCCCCAUAUCCCCUUUCCCAUGCUGUUUCUCUCCUCCUGGUAGCCCAUAUACCCUUGCCCCUUUCCAGUGGUGGGAUUCAAAUAAUUUAACAACUGGUUGUUUACAAGCAGCAUUUUAACAACCAGUUCUGCUGAAGUGGUGCGAACCUGCUGCAUCCCACCACUGUUCCUUUCCCUUCUUUCUUCUCUCCUUCCCAUUAAAUCAACCUUUCUUUUAUCUCUUUUCCUACAGUUUUCAGCUUUAUUUAUGAUUUAUUUACUUUAUUUGUACCUUACCUUUAUCGCAAGGGGGACUCAAAGCCACUUACAUAACUUUACCAUUAUCUUGCAAGAACUUUAUGAGGUAGAUUAGACUGAGAAAGAAGGCAAUGGGUCCAAGUUCAUCCAGGACGUUUCCAUGGCGAAGGGGGACAGUGAAUGUGGAUCUUCCAGAUCCUAGUCAGAACCUCUAGUCACUGCACCAUACUGGCUUUUAUGCCACGGCUACUGUUGAAUAACAGCAAGCAGCUAGGCUAGCCUAUGGUUUCUGCUUGCUGUCUCCUUCAAAGGCCUCACCCUGCCUUUUAUUGAUAGAAACCAAGACCUAAAGACUAGCAGUAUUGUUGUACAUCCCUAGCAAUACCCACAAUGGCCACAAAGGUACUGCCCCUGUUAUUGGGAGGGAGGAGGUAACAUCCUUUGUUUUGUUCUGUUACAAGUUUUCAGAUUUUUUUCUUCCUACCUCUGGCUUUUCUCAUAUCUGCAGAAAGAGAUGUCUUGUCAGAUCAUGGCCCCAGAUUCCAGAUUUAAUUCCACAGAUAUGACAAUGUUGAGAAUUAGAUAUACUGAGAGUAAUUACUUUGCCUCUCAUGAACAUUUACUCCUACAUUAUGAAUUCUUGAAUGAAUAAUGUGGGAGAAAUAUUUUAUUUUGAAACUAAACCAUGGUGCAGAAACAUGAUAGUACGUCCUAAACUUGCAAGUUUAAAAAUUGUCUAUAUACAUUUUCAUGUCUAGAGAAACAAUUGAUAUUUGUUGAUAUUGUAUGGAAUGUGCUUGUUAAAGCAGGAAUGGAAUAAGCUCAGCUGAGUUUCCAGUUCAACUAUAGAUCAAAUGUCUGUUGGCCAGAUUAUGCCUUGGAUAGUUUCCUAGAUGCUAGAUAUGUUUUUCACAUUCCAAGCCACUUUAAUAUCUGACUAACAUUCUGAACAUAUGUUUAACUAUAGGGUCCUGUUUACAUGAAUGCAAAAUUUACAAGUUUUCUUUUUCACAUUAUUGGCCAGAAUAUUCCAAACUGUUGAUACCUUGCAGCUGCCUGGAUUUUUGCUCAUUGGGCAUAUAUCUUCCACCUUCAACGUGAUCCAUUAACAUUGCUUGCUGGAUUCAUGCCUAUGGUCAUGUGACUGUGAUUUCUAAACAAUGGUUAUGCUUCUGAAAUUCCUGUUGCCGUGUUAACUCAACCCUGGUUACAUAUUACUCCAUUCUUCACAAUUGUGGCACUGUUCAAAGAAAGGCAAAAUCAGUGCUUCAUGGAAAGUAGUGGAUGCUUCCAACAUGAAGUUGGUUUAAUUUAUUUUGCUUGCUUCUGACCAUUUGAUACCAUGAUUAGAGAUCAUCGAUUGGAACACUAGUUUACACAUUCAGGACAAUGAAGUGGCAAACAGGUAGCAGACACAAUGUGAUAGAGAGGACUGCAUCAUUGUAGAUGGAAGAAAAAUGGGGUGAUCAACUAUGAUAAAAACUCCUUUCAAUAAAUUUAGAAGCAAAGGGCAGGUAUAUAACCUUUGUUUCUUCUGUAUUACUAUUCUAUUAAAAUGGGAUAUGUUAUGUGUAGGAUAGGUGUAGGAUUUAGAGGAGUCUACCCUCUAUAGUUGAAAGGAAUACAGUCCAUUCUAUAACCUUUUUGUAAUCUCACAGUUUUGCUGCCUCAUUGCCAUUUUUUCUCCUGCAUGUGUGAAUCAAGUUUUACACAUAUUUUAGCUUGUAAGUCUGAAACAGUAUGUUGAUCUGUAGAAUCAAGCUCGCUAUGCUUAUUAUUGUGCUUAUUAAAAUAUGUAUUCCCCACCUUC